AUGAAACAGGAAAAGGUUAGAAAAAAAUCACAAAAAAAUAUUGAAUUUUUUUGAAAAAACUUUUCGUAUGACCUAGUGAACCAAAAAAACGACUCCCAUCCUUAAGAAUUUCUUGUUCCUUUGAAAAGUUCCUUUAACCACAAAAAUUUGAACAAAAUCUUGAGCAGACUAUAGCUUGAAGGGGGGCAGAAAAAUCCAAAUAAAUAAAUAAAAAUUACAGAAAAAAAAUCAGAAAAAUACUCCAAAAUCACUCAAAAAAAGCUUCUCAGUAGACCCUAAAACACUGUAAAAUUUCAGAAAAACCUUUACCAAGCCAGAAAAAAUUCUAAAAAAAGCCCCAAAAGCUACGGAAAAAAAUUGGGAUCUCAACUUCUCGCACAAAAUAUUUAAAAAAAUGAAUUUUUCAUUUUUUUGAAAGAUUUUUUCAGCACAGACCAAAUUUUGAACUUCAUGGAGAAUCGAGUUCAAAAAUUUUUUGCAGGAUCUCAAAAAAAUUCAAUGAAAAAAAUCAUCUAAAAAAACAAAAAGUUCAGGGAAAAAAAUCUGGACUAAAUAAUCCAGAAAAAAACAUAAAAAAAUCAUGGUCAAAUUUCAGAAAAACCUCUACAAGAUCCGAAAAAUUUUCAAAAAUUACGAAAAAAACUACGUGAAAAAUGUGAACAGAAGCCAGGGAAAUCAGAAGUCUUCACAAAAUAUCCCAAUAUCACUGUCAAAUCUCAGUAAAAACCUCCGAAAUAUCAUAAGAAGUUCUAAAAAACAAGGAAAAGCUUCAGGAAACAAGUGGACGGAAGCCAAAAAGUUCAGAAAAAAAUCAUGGUCAAAUUACAGAAAAAAACCUCUACAAGAAUUCUUGAAAAAAACAAAAAAAUAAUCGAAAAAAAUUUGAGGCGGACGCCAAGAAGUUCAGAUAUCUUCACAUUAGACCUCAAAACCACUGUCAAAUCACAAAAAAACCUCCAAAAUAUUGGGAAAAAAAUUCUCAAAACAAAGAAAAGCUGCAGAAAAAAGGGGACGGAGUCCAAGAAAAGAAAAAGAAAAUAUCACUUUCAAAUGUCAGAAAAACCUCUGCAAGAUCCGAAAAAGUUUCAAAAACCACGAAAAACUCCGUGAAAAAAGUGGACAGAAGCCAGGAAAAUCAGAAAUUUUCAGAAAAGACCCCAAAAUCACUGUCAAAUCUCAGAAAAACCUUCCACAUUACCAGAAAAAGUUCUAAAAACCACGAAAAGCUCCAGGAAAAAAAAGUGCGGACGUCCGUCGGGGAGGUCACUCGAGACGUCGCCGAGCCCGGAAAAGAGCGACGCCGAAAUCCCCCGGGCGGAGGAUUCGUCAUGAUGGAUCGCGGCCAAAAACGGCGCCCGACGUUGCCGAGUGGCGUUUCCAUCAUUUCCCGGCUUCUCCCCAACCCACAAAAAGAUACUUCUAUCAAUUCGAAUUAUUGCACUUUCCAUCUCUAA